CUUUUCAAAUGACAUGUGUGAAGCUAUUGUGUUUACAAACUUUAAUUAAAUCAUGUUGUAGCUUGAUCAUUAUCACUGACAAUCACGUAAACCACUAGUCUGUCACAACCAUACAUACCAUGAUAUCAACGAUCAAUAAGUGGACAAAAAGUUUGCUAACUUUUAACCACUUCUUCAGACACUUUUGUCCGCAAAUCAGAUGCAAUUCAAUGAACACUAAUUCAGACACCGAUGGACAGGACGAGGACUACCACUACGCGGACCGGGAGUUCAAAGACAUGACAGUCGACACCUUCGCCUCAUUGGUCACCUCCGAGACGACGAGACAAUCAAUUCAGACCAUACUCUCGGAGUACGAGUACGAGAAGUACGUGACACUGGAUGUGCCCACGAGUCUCACCACUGACCACAUGCGAGACCUUAUGGCUCUCGAGUCGGCCGAAGACCGCAAGAAUUGGUUCCGAUAUCUGUUGCGAAAGGAGUUGUCUUUAGAGGUCAGACAGCGAAGACGGGCCGACAAUUCGCGCGAGUUUUGGGCCAAAAAACGCGAGAUGUAUGCCGAGUGUCGGAGCCCUCGCACCGGCAUCUGGGAUGACGACCAGCAACUCCUAUACGGCUUAUGGCAUAACUGUAUUGUCAGCAAAGUAGAGCCCAAGAGUAUUAAGCGGUUGUUCGCACACCGGCUCCGGAGGGCCGCCCUAUUCGGCCACAAAGUGGUCAUCGAUUUGGGUUUCGACGACCACUUGAAGCUAAAGGACUGCCGAUCGCUCGCCGCGCAGAUACAGGUGCUCUACAACCACAACAAGUACCGGUGCGACGAGCCCUUUGACAUACACUUCGCGAACUGCGACCCCCGGCGCCCGACAAUGCAGUCGAUCGCCAAAAAUGUGGUGAACUAUAAGUCGCCGUAUUUUGUGUCCACUUUUCACGAGAAGUCAUAUCUGGAUGUCUUUCCCAGCGAACGACUCGUGUAUUUGUCGCCCCAUUCCCAGCAAAUCCUCCAGAAGUUCAACGCCGACCACAUCUAUAUCAUCGGCGGUUGUGUGGGCCCGACAUCAGGCGCUGACCUGACGAACACGAAGGCCAAGCGGGAGGGCAUCCGAAGUGCGAGACUUCCCAUCGAUGAUCACAUCCUGUGGAGGACGGGCUCGAGGUCUCUGUCACUGGAUGUGAUGGUAAGCAUUCUUCACGACCUCAGUGUCGGACAUUCAAUGGCCGACAGUCUCCGGAAGAAUAUUCCGGAACGCAAUCAGAAGUCCAUUGAAGACAUUGAGUUGGAAGACAAGCGGAGGCUCGAGAAGUAUCACAAGAGACGGCAGUUUAAGAGUGAUUUGAAAGCAAUUAAUAGAUAA